AUGGAGGAUCUUCUGGGUAACUCCACAAGUUCGAAUAUUACUACAUUGUUGGCUGAAACAACAACAGCUUUAGUUCUGAAUUCAACAACAAGUAGUUCUACAACAACAUCGACAACUACAAUUCCACCAACAACAAGUUCGACAACUCCAAAAAUUACGACGACGACGACACAAAUUUUGACAACAACUACAGAAUACAUUAAAUGUGAGUGAGCUUUUCGGGAUUUUUGGGAAAACUUCGGGAUUCCUGAAAAACAUCAGGUCUGGUCCGAGUCAAACACUUCCAAUCCCCGCUAUUCAAACUGUAUUUCAGAAUCUAAAAAUGUUUUCUCUAUAAAAAUGUCCUUGCAGUGGAGAUUUUUAGGGUUUCUGAAAAAAUAUUUUUGAAAAAUUAAUGUCGCUCAAAAUUAAUUAACUCCACAAAAAAUUGUUUACAUUAUUUUGUCUCCAAGAUUUUUCAAAAUCGUUCAUUUUUCAGCGACUCCAAUUCCAGUGCCAGAUGUUCAUUCAACAACAUCAAUCGCAUUCAUUUCUCUCGUCGUUUUUCUUGUUGGCGUCGCUCUCAUCGCCAAAAUUGUGAUAAGUCAUAAGAAAAAGUGAGUUCUCCUCUCCUCCCUGAUCUUUCAAGUCUUGUGUUUUUUCCAGAAGACUUGAUUUAAUUGGUGGAACAGCUCGAUGGCGAAUAUCAGCAUCAUCGGCAUCUUCGAAUUCGAUAAAUCCUGGAUCAAAUCAAACGACGGCAACAUAUUUGCCAAUGGGAAGAUCGAAUCGAGCAUUGAGUCAACAACAACAACCAUUGACUAAUGGAUUGGAUAAUCCGGGACCUGAUCGAUUAGAUUGGGAACGACAAUUUUUCGAUGAUUCUGAAGCUACGGUCAGUUUGAAAUUUUCAAUUCUGCUAUGAAAUUCCAAAAAAACUUUCGGGAAUCAAUUUAUGAAACUAGGGAAAUAUCGAUCUGAAAAUAAGCCUCUAGCUAUUUUUUCUUCGUAUCAAAGACACUUUAAACUGUAACUUUCUGAAUCACUUUCCUUACUGAAAAAUUCAAUUUCAAGAAGAAUUUCCUUGAUAAAAUUCAAAUUAUGAAAUUUCUCAGAUCAAUGUUGAAAUUUAAUAAGCACAAGAAAAAGUGAGUUGUAAGCUGUUGUGAUUGUUUUCUCCUUCUUUCUCCAUGAAAAAAAAAUGAAUUAUCACAAUUAUUUCCAAUUCAUUUUCCAGACCCCAUCUCGCCUGCUGCUUCGAUAA